GACGGGGAGCAGCAAACAAACUAGGAUGAUGCGAGCAGUUUGUAGCAUCCUCCGGUCGUAUUGAUAGCGGAAUCGAUGCGUUUGUAAAUUUCAUAGUCAUAGCAUUAGCGUUAAACAGUUGAAUACCGACGUGGUGUAAAAAUGAUGGAAGAAAUUGAUAGAUUUCAAGUACCAACAGUGAACGAUAACCCGGAGAUGCAACCGCUGGACCCUGCUGCGACUGCCACCUGUGAGGCGGACACAGACACAAGAGAGUCUGAAGGUGUGGCCAUGAACUACAAGCCCUCCCCACUGCAGGUCAAGAUUGAGAAACAGAGAGAGCUGGCCAGGAAGGGCUCGGUCAAGAACGGGACGGUGGGCAGUCCCGUCAAUCAGCAGCCCAAGAAGAACAAUGUGAUGGCCAGGACACGGCUUGUUGUGCCCAACAAGGGAUACUCAUCUCUAGACCAGAGUCCGGACGAGAAGCCUUUAGUAGCCCUGGACACAGACAGCGACGACGACUUUGACAUGUCCAGAUACUCGUCGUCAGGAUACUCCUCAGCCGAGGUGAGAUGUCUGAGGGAGCAGCAAAUCAACCAGGACCUGAACAUCCAGCUCCUGAAGGAUGGCUACCGGUUGGACGAGAUCCCAGACGACGAGGACCUGGACCUCAUCCCCCCGAAAUCCGUCAACCCCACCUGCAUGUGCUGCCAGGCCGCCACCUCCUCCACAGCCUGCCAGAUCCAGUAGCGCCCUCCUCCUCUUCCUCCUCCUCCUCCUCCUCCUCCUCUUCCUCCUUUUCUCAUCUCUCCAUCCCUCUUAUCUUUGUCCCUCUUCCCAUAACCCUCCUCGUCUCUGUCGUGAGACGAAUAAGAGUUACGAGUUCUCUAAAUGGAAUGAUGACUAAACUAAUAGAAAAUCGCAACGAGUUAAAAAUGUUAUAUUACUGUAAUUAAUAUAAAAUGAAAGGGGGUAAAAAAUGGGGUAAAUGCACAAAAAAUAGAGUUCCUAACUGUCAUUGGUUCCUCCUAUGGUAGGACGCGUGUCUUUGCAUCAUCUUCAGCGGGGAAUGGAGCUUGUGUAUGUGUUUUGGGUGUGCUAGACAAACCUGCUUUGGUUACAAAUGCACGGAGCAAAGGGACAACAAAAAAAAACAAAAAAAAGCAAACGGAUAACAAAAGGAAAACAAUAGUGAGUAAACACUAAAUGUUCUGUGUUUGCACAACCUCUCACUCCACUGUGUGUUGCUUGUGAUCUGGAUGAGUGUGUGCGCAGUGCAUGUUGCAGGCAUCUGGAGGCACCUCAAUCUCGUGGGUCGUGGGUGGCUAUUGGGCUCUCCCGCCAAACUGCUACUUUGUACAGUCAUGGAUCAACUCUAGCGAAUGCAAAAGAGGGACUAAUUUGUAUCUAACAGUUUUUUUUUUGUUGUUCAAGUCCCUGCACUCCUUAAGAUGAUACAUCAAAACUGGUUCACUUCCCCUGUCAGACCCCUUUAUUGUUUACAUUGUCUCGUUUUUGUUGUCAUAGUCUGGGGUUUGUGCAAAUCCAGUUUCCCCAUGAUCCAGGGGAAAGUACAGGGUUGAACUGCAUGUGUCAACAAGAAAUUAUAUGGACGAGAUAUUCAUGUUUUUCUUUUUUAAUUUUAUAUUUGGUGUUAUUAUUUAUUGUAAUGAAAUGUUACUCUCUGUUAGCAUGCUACUGCUUCUAGUGGUAUUGGCUCACUGGGGCAUCAGGAGGAAGAAUAGUUACUGUGUCUCUGGUUCCCUUGAUCUUGAUUGCCCCUCAGUACUCUUAUCAGAGGUUAGAAGAGCCAAGCAGACUGAUGAAACAAAAUGGUUGCCAGAUCCUAUACUGAAGAACACUUUAAACCAGUCCCUCUUCCAGGUCUCAGUGACUUUUGAUUGCAUCUGUUCGGAAGACCGGAAUGUCUUUCCAGGCCAAUUGGUUUUCAUUCUACCAGGGAAGAAAAACAAGGUGUGACAGGAAGGAACUUAUCUAUAGGCCUACCAGGUGUGUUGAGAUGAAACAGCCGUUUCUGUCAGUGUCCUGUAUGUUUUUGCAGUUCAUAUGAACUGGUCACUGUUGAUUUUGUUAGUUUUAGUCUUUACUUUUUAAUUUGAAUUAAUUUAUUGAAUUAAUACUUUUUUUGCUUGUUUAUUCCCGGUGGUUACUUACAUUGUUAGUGAAAACGGUUACAUGCAGCCGUCGCCAUGUGCACAGUGGGAGGUCAAAUAGGGAGAGAUGUUCAUGUUGAAGUAGCUGCUUUGUCCCGUGCAGUGGUGUGACCUCACAGAUAUUAUGCUAGUUCCAGCUGCCCCCAGCUCAUGUGCCGUAUCUCAGUGUCCCGUCAGUGUUUUUGUUUGAGUUUAGUUGUUUUUUCUUGUCUCUUUUCAUGUGUGCCAAACAGUGUAACGAGACAGAAACAGUGGUGUGGUAGAACUCCGACAUUUUACUCCCCUCCAAAAAUCCAGAAAAAAAAAAAUCAAUUCAGAUUAGCAAUUCUUUUUUCAAAAAUGACUGUGCUGUGUUGCCAGACAAAAAAUGUCAACAUCUACUUUGAUGUGCAGAGCUGCCAUAUUGCAUUGUGCUACACCACAUAAGCUAGCAUGCUAUAGCUAGCACAUAUAAACUUGUUCCUCUCACUACCAGUGUGCCCUCAUGUCUAUGCUGUCUGAUCACACACAGCCCCAUUUCUUUGCUUUUAUAACCAAAGACUCAACAAUAAGUCCGAUGAAUCUUUCAUCUCUUCUAAAGGCCCACAGGCCCCCGUGCAUGAGAACGGUUGAGUUUUUUUGUUCAAAUGAUGUUGUACACGACCCACUGUGUCAGUCUUAGCAAUGAAAGGGAUUGUCUUUUCUGAAAAUAAGAGGAAAGGCGUGUGUCUGUAGUUGUUGUGUGGUGAGGUUACAGUUUCACCCAUCUUUGCCCUGACGUCUUACCAUCACCACCACCCCCCUCCAUAGUCAUUUGUGUGUAAGCUAAACAUUGACAUUCACCCUUCAAAAAAACCCAUCUGAACUCCACACUUCCACAUGGGGAAAGAUGGCUUAAUGAGCAUGUCAGAGUUAAGCGAUGGGCUCCUGAGAUACCUUUGGUGAGGAUAGGACACUGUGCCAGUGUGAGUCCAACUCUGAACAUCUGCCACGGACAGGAAUACAGUAUCUGGGUGGUCCGUGCCAGUUUACCGCAAUGCGCCACAGCCCACUUCACUCACUACACGUAGGCUAGUUAAGCCACCUCGCACUCAAAAUUCUCACUAAUACACUCUAAAUCACACUGCUGUGGCUAACCUUUUUUUUUCUAACCAAUUAGAAUGGCAUGCCCUGGUGUAAGUAGGACUUGCUGUGGAAAGUUUCCACGCAAAAUGGCAUUCAGGGUUUUACUUAAUUCCCCCCCUAGUUCCUGUAUAUUGUUCCUUUCGGUGUGUGAGGGAGAGUAGCAUUAAGGGAGUUUAGUCCAUUAAAUGUAUAUUUCUAAACUGAGCGUUUGUGCUGUGCGUUAGCCAGCAGGGCAUUUUUUUUAAAUAUUAUUAUUUGCUUUUGUGUUGUUUUUUUUUAUGUAGAAUGGAUGAUGUGUUCCGACUCAACUCUGUUAGGAGCUUCUGUUUUGUUCCUCUGACUUCUGCUGUGAGGGGUGCCAGAGCUUGCAGUACAGUAUAUUCUCGUCAAUUGAGGCUUCAGUACGGGCUCCAUCCCUUUCAGGUGUAUUCAGAUUGUGUUUGUUCAUCCUCCAGACGCAUUUUUCCGUGGCUUAUGCAAAUCCUCUCCUCCUUUCCCCAGCCUCAAGGCACCAGUUUAGCUGUGAAGUGUUUAAGUGCUUGCUGUACAGCCAGAGUGUGAGUCACAUUGCCUGGAGUUUGAAUGUAGCCCUGCAUUUGUUAAUUCAAUUAUGCCAGAAAAAUACAGCAUUAUACCGCAAAAAAACAACAACAACUGAAUAUUCUAUGUACAUCAUCUCCUGUUGAAGCUCUCAUUAGAAGGUCAUAUCUUUUUUACCUCCUCAUUAUCACUUUUUGUCUACUGGUUUGGAUGCAGGAAUGUACCAUGAUGUCCCUGAGGGUCAGAAUUCCCUUGUUGGUUAUAAGAAAAGAAAAAUACUAUUUAGGAAAUGAUCUCCCGUAAGGAAUGUUGUUAACAUGAUUGUUAAAUGCAGCUAAAGAGACACUGGGGCAGGAAGCCCCCUCGUUUUAACCCUACUUUAGAACCUUCCUUCUCUGUUGGUUUGGUGGCUGCAUGAGAACUUGAGUUGCAGCCAAAAACAAACUUGUUUACAGACGUUAAAAUCAUCUGUGGACCGCCAUUAAAAAUCAAUUGUCCAUGCAGACAUCGCGCAGUGUCCUAACACAAGACUGUUUUGUCCACAGAGUAUCUGAGCAAGGCGCAGGACAUAUCUGGGAAACCAGCCAAUAGCAGCCACCCCAAGCUGUUAGUGGUGGUGGUGGUGGUGGUGUGGGCUAGUCCCAGUCAUGACUGAUCCUCAGAGUUGGUUUACGUAACCCUGACCUCUCUGUCACACGGCUGCCUCUCCCUCUAGUCGUCCAGUCUGGCUGGUAGUAAUGGUGGGACCCACGUUAAAGGAGCAGUGUGGCUGGCCAUGUGAACUGGUUGGAUUGGAUUUCUCCGAAUCGUCUGUUACGUGAGAAUGGUGUCCUCCCUCUCUUUUUUUCGCUGUCUGUAUUUUUCCUCGGUCACCCUUGCUUUGUGAAUUCACAAAAAAAAACAAAAGAAUUGAAUGAAAUUAAAUGCACCUAUUUCGUCGAGUAAACCCCCCUCACUCCCCAUCCAUUUUCACACUCACAGUAUAACUCUUGAGUUUGCUGAUUAAGAAAAUGCCUUAAGUACAGCUCCGUAGUGGGUGUCUAUUUAUUUGCUGUUGGUUUUGGUUUGAUUUAAUUUAUUUAAACAGAGUGAGAGAGUUUUUUCUUUUCUUUAUUUUUGAUUUUCUUUUAACAUAGAACCACAUUUUUUUAUUCUGCAGAUAUAUUGAUCAUGAUUGUAAAGAUGUGAACAGUUUCCAUACCAGUAUUUAACAGAUGUUAUUGUUCUGUGUAGUGUAUCAUAUCAAUAAAAAAAAAUCUGGAAUAUGUGACUUCA